CGGAGCCACUGCCUUUUUCUCUCCGACCUCUGCUGACAGAGGAGGAGGAAGGAGAGGGGCCGCUCGCUUUGCAGCCGGCCUCGUCGCCCGGGCUCCCUCGCCAGCACUCUGCACAGCGCCGCCACACACGCGCACGCCUCCCUCAAGGCUUACGAGGCCGGCGCGCGAGCCGUUUUCGUAGCCGCGGCUUCCGCCUCCAGGCGCUUGCGGUGCGGAAGCUUUUUUCUCCACAGGCCGCGUAGGACGGAGCGGCUGUCCCCCAAGCUGGGUAAGGAGCGGGGCGCCUAAACAGAGGAGCUUUAUUUCAAGACCCUUGCUAAGCAGAAACCAAAGGAAGUAAUGGAGAAGAAUGGAAGCAACCGGAAACUUCGGGUUUGUGUUGCCACGUGUAACAGGGCAGAUUAUUCAAAAUUGGCCCCAAUCAUGUUUGGCCUUAAAGCAGAACAACAGUUCUUUGAACUGGAUGUUGUGGUUCUGGGCUCUCACCUGAUUGAUGACUAUGGUAACACUUACCGUAUUAUCGAACAGGAUGACUUUGAUGUCCACACGAGAUUACACACAAUAGUAAGAGGAGAAGAUGAAGCAGCUAUGGUGGAAUCUGUUGGUCUUGCCUUAGUCAAGUUACCCGAUGUGCUCAAUCGCCUGAAACCUGACAUCAUGAUAGUCCAUGGAGACAGGUUUGAUGCUUUAGCACUAGCUACAUCUGCAGCCUUAAUGAACAUUCGAAUUCUUCACAUUGAAGGUGGAGAAGUCAGCGGGACCAUAGAUGAUUCCAUCAGGCAUGCCAUUACCAAGCUGGCUCAUUACCACGUGUGUUGCACAAGGAGUGCAGAACAACAUUUGAUCUCUAUGUGUGAAGACCAUGACCGCAUCCUCCUCGCAGGAUGCCCUUCAUAUGAUAAGUUGCUGUCUGCAAAAAAUAAGGAUUACAUGAGUGUUAUCCGGAUGUGGUUAGGUGAGGAUGUGAAACCAAAAGACUACAUAAUCGCUUUACAGCACCCUGUGACCACAGACAUUAAACAUUCUGUAAAGAUGUUUGAACUGACUUUGGAUGCCCUCAUCUCUUUUAACAAGAGGACAUUGAUUUUAUUCCCAAAUAUUGAUGCAGGGAGCAAAGAAAUGGUUCGGGUAAUGAGGAAGAAAGGUAUUGAGCAUCACCCAAAUUUCCGUGCAGUAAAAAAUGUCCCAUUUGACCAGUUUAUUCAGUUAUUGGCUCAUGCAGGCUGCAUGAUUGGGAACAGUAGCUGUGGUGUACGAGAAGUUGGGGCCUUUGGAACUCCUGUCAUAAAUCUUGGAACACGUCAGAUAGGGAGAGAAACAGGAGAAAAUGUCCUUCACGUGCGAGAUGCUGACUCCCAAGACAAGAUACUUCGAGCUUUGCAUAUACAAUUUGGGAAACAAUACCCUUGUUCAAAAAUAUAUGGAGAUGGAAAUGCUGUUCCUAGAAUUCUGAAGUUCCUUAAAUCUAUUGACCUCCAGGAACCCCUUCAAAAGAAAUUCUGCUUCCCCACUGUAAAAGAAAGCAUCUCCCAAGAUAUUGAUCAUAUCUUAGAAACCCAGAGUGCACUGGCAGUGGAUCUGGGUGGAACAAACCUCCGAGUAGCAAUCGUCAGCAUGAAGGGUGAAAUAGUUAAGAAAUACACACAACUGAACCCUAAAACUUAUGAGGAUAGAAUAGAAUUGAUCCUUAAGAUGUGCAUAGAAGCUGCCUCUGAAGCAGUAGACCUGAAUUGCAGAAUUCUGGGUGUAGGCAUUUCUACAGGUGGAAGAGUAAAUCCCCGAGAAGGCGUUGUUCUUCAUUCCACAAAGCUUAUUCAGGAGUGGAAUGCUGUUGAUUUACGGACACCGAUAUCAGAUGCUCUGCAUUUGCCAGUGUGGGUGGAUAAUGAUGGCAACUGUGCAGCUUUGGCAGAAAGAAAAUUUGGACAUGGGAAAGGAGUGGAAGACUUUGUAACUGUUAUCACUGGGACAGGUAUUGGUGGUGGAAUCAUUCAUCAAAAUGAAUUAAUUCAUGGUAGUUCUUUUUGUGCUGCUGAGCUUGGGCACAUUGUGGUAGCACUAGAUGGACCAGAGUGCCUGUGUGGGAACUAUGGCUGCAUAGAAGCAUAUGCUUCUGGAAUAGCCUUGCAGAGAGAAGCUAAGAAAUUACAUGACGCAGAGGAUUCAUUAUUAAUUGGAGAUAUGUCUAUGAAAAAAGAAGAUACAAUAACUGCUGCACAUCUUAUUCAGGCAGCUAAACUAGGAAACCCAAAAGCUGACAAUAUUGUUAGAACAGCAGGAACAGCUCUGGGCCUUGGAAUUGUUAAUGUUCUGCACACCAUUAGUCCCUCCCUUGUGAUACUUUCUGGUGUCUUGGCAAGCCAUUAUGUCAAUGUUGUCAAAGAUGUGAUCCAUCAGCGAGCUUUAUUCUCUGUGCAGACAGUGAAUGUGGUUGUCUCAGACCUGACAGAUCCUGCCUUGCUUGGAGCUGCUAGUAUGGUUCUAGAUUAUACAACACGCAGGAUAUACUAAAAUUCUGGAGAAAAAAAGUAGAAAUCCAUUAUGACGUUUAUAACAGUUCUUUGGCAAAAUAUUUCCUACUGAUGCUGGUUUUUUAGUUGUUUCAGAUGGUUUUAUGGAAAUCUCACCUUAAAAAUUGUUCCCAUCCACCCAUCCUUUAUUUAAUUACUGCUUUUAUAUGCUGGAAUGUCAUUAGAAACAUGGCUCAGAAGAGGACUCUCUUGUAGACUAAAUGAAAUUAAACACUUCCUGGGAAGCCUCUAUCCCAGGUAGCUACAAGUUGUAGAAAAGAGAACUGAAUGUUCUUCUUCCUAAUUAAUUUUUCAAACUGUUUUACUCAGUAAAUAGUAAUUUCAGUAAACCAGACCUUUGUUAAGCAAGUAAAGAAACAUCUCUGACAGAUACAUGUAGCCAUUUCCAUCUCUGCAGAGAUAGGCAGGUAUGAUCUCUGUAUGACAAGAGAAAUUGGAACCAUCUCAUGGUAAAAUACCCAGCUGUAUGACUUGACUAUAUGUUCAUUAAUUAGAUUAAUAUUAAAAUCCUUAUUAGGAUGGUGACAUAUGGUACACAUAAAUGUUUAGUUUCAAAGAGUUCUACCCAACUCAUGCCCUUCAGACACACUCUUAGAAUUCCACAUCAUCAUAACCAUCAAUUAUAUUGGCUAGCAGUUAUUGGAGCCAUAACCCAGAUUACCCUAAAAGGCACAAGUUUGGAGAAUGUAUAUAUACAAUGUGCUAGGAUGAAGAAGAAAAUAGAACAAAGUAUAUGCUUUGUCUCGGUCAUUGUUAGUGGUAUUUUUAUAUACAACUUCUGUGAUGUGAUUCCUACCACUGUUCUUGCAUUUCAUGUUCUUUGCUUUUCGUUUUCAGCCAGUUUUUUCAUGUUUAAGACAUAAACGUGUCAGUUGCACAAGUCAUGCUUUAAUUCAUUGAUCCAGAUUGCUAGACUUCCACGAAGUGAAAGUGGAUAGCCCCGAAAUGCUCAGAUCUUAUAGUGGGAGCUUUUGGAAGCUAUGAAUGCUGAGCUUCAUAGUGUGUUUGAGGCAACUUUCUGUUCUUCAUGUGGUUAUCAUAGAACUGAUGUGUUUGUAGUACUUGGGAAUAAAUUAUGUUUGAAUUUGGAGGUUCUUGCUCUAAAUGGCUCUUUUUCCUGUUUCAAAGACAUGUUGAAAGAAAUACAGUAUGAUAGGGUAGCAAUAAUGGAACAGAGAUGCUUCAGGAAUCUAAACCCACAGGAGUAACUGCUUUCAUUUGUAGUAUGUAUUAAUAAAAGAGUGCAUCUGACCUUUACAUUUGAACACUUUUGGAUCUAAAGGUCAGUAAGUAAAAGAAAUUGGAUUAGAUUUCAUAUCUGAAAAUUUGCUGCUUCUAACUUGUUUACUAGAGGGUGAGAUGUAAGUUGGAAAACAAUCCAUCUUUAAAUGCUGGGGGUUACCUAAGUAGAUUUCUGUGUAUACAAGAGGCUAUCUCCUUGUUCUCUUGUGGUCCUGUGCUUCACCUCCCCAAAUCUGCUCUAAAGGAACUUCAAUCCUCUGGAUCAAAUUUGGAGUGCGUGCAGCAGAAAAUCUGCCACACGGGUGAAUUCUGUCCCUUAACUGACAGGCGCAGCUGGACACAACAAAAGGGGAAAGAAAUUAGAUCUGUUUGACAAAUGAAUCUGUGCUAGGAUUUCAUGACUCCUCAGUCAAAUGACGUAAGGAAAACAGGAAGCAACUGCCUGGAAGUUUGUAAUAAUGAAUUAUUGUAAAUAAUGACCAUUUUGAAAAUAUAGGUUGUGAAAAGUUGUCAAUAUGAAACAAAGUAGUAUGGAUUUGUGUGUGAAAGUUUGAGCUCCUUCCCCAAAUUCAACAAGUGCUUUUGGUUCUUACUGCUAGGCUCCAAUAUGUCAAAAGCCAUAAAUAUUCUUGUAAUCAGAAGGAAUGUUUACCUUUCCUGAUCUACCCCAUUUUGAAAAAACAGUAUUAUGCAGUAUAUUUUAUACUGAUUAAAAUGCUCCACCAAGCCAAGCAAUCUUCUGAGCAUUCAAUAAUCUUUUGGUUUCCAUUAUCUGCCUGGGAUUAUAAAACAGGCAAAUUUUCAGACCUUGGCUCUAUUGAAGUAUGGGAGUGGGUUUCAGGGAGUGCAAGCCUACAGAGAGAGUUGAGCAAUUAAUAUAAAUAGUAGAGGAUUAAACUUAAAUGAGGAGGGUCCAUUUUCAUCCUGAAACAACUAUUUUGAAAGGCGCUUGAGCGUCUCAAUAGAUCUUGAUUUUAGGUUUAGUUUGGGAGUCCAAAGGAGCACUUUGCAAAAUACACGAUUAACUUGGUUUUCAAUAAUUCUCUUAGGAAUGCUAGAUCUCACCCUGUGUUUUUCUGAGUGAAUGAAAUUGGAAAACUUAAAAGAGUUGCAUUUUUGUUGUCAAAUUUGUUCAGUUAGGCAAGUGGGAUGAAAACAUUGACAAAAAUAGUCAGCUGAAGGAAAAUGAGUAACUGGAAAAUCCCAUCCCCACCUCACAUACACAUUUCAGGUUGGAACAGAUUGCUAAAAUUUAAGGCUCGCUGAGACUGAAUCUGUAUCCCUGAAGAGUGAUGUUGGGCAAGAGGUAUACUGUUCGUGCCCCCCCCCCGCAGUUGUUAUGGUUACUAAGAAAGGAAAAAUUGAAUUGAUACAAAUGCCCUGCAUUGAAGCCACCACCAAUCAAAAUUUUAUCGUUUGGGAUUAUGUCUGUUUCUCAUCUGAGCAAGUUGUGUGUGCAGUUAAGCUCAGUAUUCAGGUUAUAGAAACAGAUGUGACUUUACAUGCCUCCUUGGAAGCCUAGUCCCUUAUCCAUCUAAUACACUUGUAGGAGCUUGAUCGAGCCAAUUUCCUCUCCAAACAAUGCUCCGUUGCCUUGAACAUUCAGUGCUUUUGGAAAGACCAAGUUCUUUAUUGUUCUGCAUACUUACAAGUCAUCCCAAAAUACUGAAGCUGUCAUUUUGGGGGUGGCUUUUUGGUUGUAAAAUAGUCAGUUCGGUAUUAGAUGGAACAGAUAGGGAGAAUGUGGUGCUGUGCUCAUUUUGCUACUAAGCUGUGAAGGGAACAUCCAAGUUCAGCAUUAAAUGAUGAUGAUGUGCUGUGUAGGUGGGCUGCCAUGGCUUUAGUUUAGUGAGACUUGCAGGUUUUUUACUGGGGCUUCUGCUCUCAGCAGUGAUCUGCCAAUCAUCUUUGGGAGGACAGAAAUUCCUAAAGCACCCAUCCCAAGUUAGCAUACUGUCUUGUCUAUAAUUCCCAGGAUGUCCCAGCAUACUAGGCAUGGUCAGUUGUUUGAAAGGUACCAUAUUGUCUUUAAUUGCUAACCUAGCUGAGAUAAACCUGAUCACCAACAAAGGGCAAUGCUGCAGUUCUAAACUAACUAUGGUGCAGGUGUAUUUAUGUGGUUAGUAGCAUUAAUUUUAUUUAUGUGGUUAGUAACAUUUUCAUUCACAUUAGUACUGAAUUUUUAACAGGCCAUUUACUGCUUUAUUCAAUUUGAAAGAAAGUUUUGGCUCAAGUGUGUAUUAGCUCAAUUUGAUAAGCACCAGUAAUUAAUUCACUGAAAAAUAAAAUGCUCAAGUAGCCCGAUAGCAUUAUUUUAAUAGCAAAACUGUCUUUAACUGAAUAUUGAUCUUAAUAUUUGUUACUUAGUUCAGCAUAGCUCCUGGGUCAUCACUUCUCUAAUGUGGAAAGGAGGACACUUACACAUCUGCCUAUCUUAACUGUAUAAAAAUAAGGCCAAAUGUUGAAAUUUAGCACUUUUCUGUUGUUGAUGUGAAAAAUCUUGUUUCCUCUGUGUUGCCCUUUACAUACAAAACAGUGAUUAGUUCUGUACAUCCUGUUCUUUGUCUUAAUGUUGAAAGACAGAUCUAAGUGACUUUAAGCUAAAGAUUAAAGAUUCAAAUAAAAACAUUAUGUAUA